AUGAAUAUGAUAUCAUCAGAUCCUCUUGUUAUUGGGAGGGUGAUCGGAGAUGUAGUGGAUCAUUUCACUCCAACUGUGAAAAUCACUGUCUCCUACAACAAUAAGCAGGUCUAUAAUGGUCAUGAGUUUUUCCUUUCCUCAGUAACCACUAAGCCUCAGGUUCAGAUUCAUGGAGGCGAUAUGAGAUCGUUCUUCACUCUGGUCAUGACAGAUCCAGACGUUCCUGGCCCUAGUGAUCCAUAUCUGAGGGAACACUUACACUGGAUGGUCACAGAUAUCCCAGGCACAACGGACGCCACAUUUGGAAAUGAGGUGGUGGAGUACGAAAUUCCAAGGCCAAACAUAGGGAUACAUAGGUUUGUGUUUCUGGUUUUCAAGCAGAAGCGAAGGGGGAGUGAUGAAAACAGCAACAACAAGGGUUCUCUUUAA